AUGUUCACCAAUACCCUUUUUGUAUCCUAUCUUGUUUGUUUAAUUGUUGUUUUCUUCAAUCCCAUUGAUGUUGUUUUGAGUGGUGAUGAAUCAAUUCUUUUGAGCUGUGGCUCAAAAGAUGGUGGCACGGAUUCGGACGGGCGAAAAUGGGAAUCAGAUGCGAAAUAUACUUCUAGUGAAUCUAAAAUGACCAAAGCUACAAACCAGGAUUCUUCAUUACCUUCUACAAUUCCAUACAUGACUGCCAGAGUUUUUACAAAAGAAGGGACCUAUAAUUUAUCCGUUAAAAAAUACCAGCGGUAUUGGCUUAGAUUUUAUUUCUAUCCUGCAACUUAUCCGGACCUGAAUAUCACCAACUCUUAUUUCUCUUUGGAUGCAAAUGGUAUUACCCUUUUGAAUAAUUUUAGUGCUUCAAUCACUGCUCAAGCCGCCGGACAAGCUUUCUUUUUUGAGGAGUAUUCUCUGGCUCCAAUGGAUUCUGAUAAUCUGGAACUCACAUUUAAGCCUUCGGAUAAGUAUCCUGGAAGUUUCGCUUUUAUCAAUGGUAUAGAGUUUGUUCCGAUUCCGGAUUUGUUUGAUAAAGCUCCGUUGGUUGGAUUCAGUGACCAAACUAUGGAGAUGCAGAGUUCGAAUAUGCAGACGAUGUUUAGAUUGAAUGUUGCCGGUCAGUAUAUUCCUCCAAAGGCUGACUCUGAUGGUCUAAUGAGGACUUGGUAUAAUGAUCAGACUUAUAUAUGGGGAGCUGGAAUUGGGGCCAAUAUAGAGGCUGACGAUAAUACUACAAUUAACUACAAAGAUUUGCCAUCCUAUGUAGCGCCUCCUGAUGUUUACAUGACUGCAAGAUCAAUGGGACCUGACGCUCAUGUUAAUUUGGAUUACAAUCUCACUUGGAUUUUCGACAUUGAUGGCAAUUUCACAUACCUUGUGAGGUUACAUUUCUGUGAGUUCGUAAUGGAUAGUGUUAAUCAGAGAGUGUUCAAUAUUUACAUCAACAAUCAAUCUGCCCAGGUAUAUCCAGAUGCAGCUGAUGUAAUUGCCUGGACAAAAGAGAAAAAUGUACCGACAUACAGAGAUUACGUGAUAGUUAUUGAUGAUAAGCCGGGUGAUAAAGAGCUUCGAGUAGCAAUGUCACCAUCACCUGAAUCAAAGCCUCAAUAUUAUGAUUCAAUUCUUAAUGGAUUAGAGGUAUUCAAGAUAGAAGGUGGGAAGAACUUGGCAGGUCCUAAUCCUAAGAUUGAAGCACCGCCACCCAAUGCUGGAAGUAACUCAAAGUCUUCUCAGAAUAAAGAUCAUAAAACUAACAUGAAUGUGAUUGGAGGAGCUGCUGGAGGGGCUGCUGCAUUUGGCCUAUUGGCUGCAUUGUGCAUUGUUGUUUACCAAAGGAAGAAGAGAGUCCCUGGCUCGGAGUCACAUACUUCAAGCUGGCUGCCUAUUUAUGGGCACUCUCAUACAGGAAGCAAAUCAACAAUAUCCGGAAAGAGUAAUGCUAGUAGUCACAUUUCAGCGAUGGCUCAGGGUCUUUGCCGCCGCUUCUCUCUCCCAGAGAUUAAACACGCCACCAAGAAUUUUGAUGAUUCUUAUGUCAUUGGUGUUGGAGGUUUCGGAAAGGUGUAUAAAGGUGUUCUUGACGAUAAAAUAAAAGUGGCUAUUAAGAGAUCAAACCCAUCUUCAGAACAAGGAGUUAAUGAGUUUUGCACUGAAAUUGAGAUGCUUUCAAAGCUAAGACACAAGCAUUUGGUAUCUCUGAUUGGAUUCUGUGAGGAGGAUAAUGAGAUGUGUUUGGUUUAUGACUACAUGGCACUUGGAACUCUGAGGGAACAUCUCUAUAACACGAAAAAGCCGACUCUUUCAUGGAAGCAAAGGUUGGAGAUUUGCAUUGGAGCAGCCAGAGGUCUUCACUACCUCCACACAGGAGCAAAAUACACCAUCAUUCACAGAGAUGUCAAGACAACAAAUAUUCUUUUGGAUGAGAAUUGGGUUGCCAAGGUUUCAGAUUUUGGCCUGUCGAAAACUGGUCCUAACAUGGAAAAUGGCCAUGUUAGUACAGUAGUAAAGGGCAGUUUUGGUUACUUGGAUCCUGAAUAUUUCCGGAGACAACAAUUGACAGAAAAAUCUGAUAUCUACUCUUUCGGAGUAGUCCUUUUCGAGGUAUUGUGUGCAAGGCCUGCUCUUAAUCCUAGCCUUCCGAAAGAACAAGUCAGUCUGGCAGAUUGGGCUCUACAUUGUAAAAAAAAGGGGGUCCUGGAGGACAUCAUUGAUCCUGAUCUAAAGGGGAAAAUCAGCCAGGAAUGCUUAAACAAAUUCGUCGAUACAGCUGAGAAGUGUUUGUCUGAAGUUGGAUACGAGCGUCCCUCUAUGGGAGAUGUGUUGUGGAAUCUUGAGUUUGCACUCCAAUUAGUGGAAAGCCCUGAUGGUGCAUCAACUAGCGAUAGAAGUUAUGGUUCUGAGGAGGCUCUAUUAAACAGAAACAAUCGGAGUGUUGGGAGUGAGCGCGAAACUAAUGAAGGAUCUGAAGGCAGUAGUGUCAUCUUCUCACAGAUAGUAAAUCCAACAGGGCGAUGA